GCCGGCAUGCGGCUGCCUCGCUUCUCCAGCGCAGUAGUGCCCGUACUCCUGCUGGCGCAGACCUGCCUUCUGCUCUUCCUGGUCUCGAGGCCAGGGCCAUCGUCCCCAGCGGGCGGCAAGGAGCGCGUGCACGUGUUGGUGCUGUCCUCGUGGCGCUCGGGCUCGUCCUUCGUGGGCCAGCUCUUCAGUCAGCACCCGGAUGUCUUCUACCUGAUGGAGCCGGGGUGGCACGUGUGGGCGGCCCUGUCGCAGGGCAGUGCACCGGCCCUACACAUGGCUGUGCGCGAUCUGGUGCGCUCCGUGUUCCUGUGUGACAUGGACGUGUUUGACGCUUAUCUGCCGUGGCGCCGCAACCUCUCGGACCUCUUCCAGUGGGCGGUGAGCCGCGCGCUGUGCUCGCCACCCGCCUGCAGCGCCUUCGGCCGGGGCGCCAUCAGCAGCGAAGCGGUGUGCAAGCCGCUGUGCGCGCGGCGACCGUUCAGCCUGGCGCAGGAGGCCUGCCUCUCCUACAGCCACGUGGUGCUCAAGGAGGUGCGCUUCUUCAACCUGCAGGUGCUCUACCCGCUGCUCACCGACCCCUCCCUCAACCUGCACAUCGUGCACCUGGUGCGCGACCCGCGCGCGGUGCUGCGAUCCCGAGAGCAGACGGCCAAGGCGCUGGCUCGCGACAACGGCAUUGUGCUGGGCACCAACGGCACGUGGGUGGAGGCCGAUCCCCGCCUGCGCGUGGUGAGCGAGGUGUGCCGCAGCCACGUGCGCAUCGCCGAAGCCGCUCUGGACAAGCCGCCGCCCUUCCUGCGAGAUCGCUACCGCUUGGUGCGCUUCGAGGACCUGGCGAGGGAGCCGCUGACCGAGAUCCGCGCGCUCUACGCGUUCGCCGGCCUGAGCCUCACGCCGCAGCUCGAAACCUGGAUCCAUAACAUCACGCACGGGGCCGGACCGGGCGCGCGCCGCGAGGCCUUCAAGACCACGUCCAGGGACGCGCACAACGUCUCCCAGGCCUGGCGCCACGCGCUGCCCUUCACCAAGAUUCGCCACGUGCAGGAGCUGUGCGCAGGCGCACUGCAGCUGCUGGGCUACAGGCCAGUGUUCUCUGAGCAAGAGCAGCGUGACCUUACGCUGGACCUGGUGAUACCCCGCGGCUCGAGCAGUUUCAGAUGGGCCUCGUCCACCGACCCCCAGCCUGGGCCUUAGCGGAGCGCCUGGGUUGU